AUGUUCACUAUAAGGGAAGGCCGUCCAGAGGACUGCCAACAAAUAGCACAACUGUUCAGAGGACUGGCCGACUAUUCAAAGAGACCACCGGAUCAUCCAAUGGCCGGACCCGACCAGUUAGAGGCCGACUCUUUCGGUGACCCAACGGACCGACAAUUCCGCACAUUUGUCGCACAUCUCAAUGAUAACGACAAACAACUCAUUGGUGUCGCGUUGUAUUACCCGAAGUACUCGGGUUGGACUGGGAGGGGGGUCUGGUUGGAGGACCUGUAUGUCACACCAGAAUAUCGGGGCACUGGCGUGGGACUGGCUCUUAUGGCACGGGUGGCUAAACAGACAGUUUUGGAGGGCAGUAAUCGUCUGGAAUGGGGGUGUUUGGCGUGGAAUGAAAAAUCCAUUUCCUUCUACAAGAAGUUGGGGGCCAUUAAUCUGUCGGACACUCAUCUCAAAAUACAGGAAUUCCGACUCGACAGCAAACAAUUGAAACAAAUGGCCGACCGAUGCCUUCAAGAAAUCCAGAAACCAAUGUUCACUAUAAGGGAAGGCCAUCGAGAGGACUGCAAACAAAUGCCACUAUUGUUGGCAGAGUCGGCCGCAUAUCAUAGACUAUCACCGGAACAAGUGGUCGGACACAAGCAGUUAGAAGUGGACGGAUUCGGUGACCCAACGGACCGACAGUUCCGCGCAUUUGUCGCACAUCUCAAUGAUAACGACAAACAACUAAUAGGUUUAGUCUUUUAUUACCCGAAGUACGCGGCAUCGAGUGCGAGGGGAGUUUGGAUGGAGAACCUGUAUGUCAAGCAAGAAUACCGGGGCAUAGGUGUGGGAGUGGCGCUUAUGGCACGGAUAGCUAAACAGGCGAUAAUGAAUGGCUGCCAACGUUUCGAGUGGGACUGUCUCUCAUGGAAUGAUAGAUCCAUUUCCUUCUACAACAAAGUUGGUGCAACUGAUCUGACAAACGGCGAUGACCAGGGUAUUAUCUUCCGACUCGAUGGCAAUCAAUUGCUACAAUUGGCGGAUCUGUGUCCACACAACUAA